AUGCCGGAGAGGAAGAGACUCAAGACGUCUCGUUAUAACGAGCCUGUGGAGAAGAAGAGGAAGACCCCGCCCUCCAACCCGGCCAUCGAACGAACAUCAACAAACAUCGAAUCGACCGACUCAACCAAAGUCUCCCAAACGUCAGCCAAUGCCCAAAAGCAACAAGACCAACAACCCGCAACAUCCCUUCCCCUCCCUGCAAAACAUCUCGCCUUCCAACGCAGCUGCGUCUCUCGCGGUGUGAUCAUCCACCCGUCAAUAACCCCAGCAUCCCUUCCCGGCCGAGGCAUCGGACUCCAAACCACUUCAUCAAUCCCCUCCUCGACCCGCAUCCUCUUCAUCCCCGAGUCCGCAACGUUCAAGCCUGAAAAGAAACUCUCCAAAGCCCACCCCGGAAUCUCUCCACACGCACACCUUGCCCUGAGUGCCUCGAGUUCCUUUCCCAAAGACGCGGAAUUGAAGAAAUGGUGCGCGACAUGGCCUUCCAACGAGGAUAUCCGUUCCAGUCUUCCGAUUUUCUGGGAGGACAGUAUCCGUGACAAAUUACCGGUUUCCACGAAAUGUGUUCUGGAGAGACAACGGCAGGAUUUCGAUAAAGAUGUCGCUGCAACAGGGAAAGCAGGCGAUGAAGAAUUCGAAUACUAUUGGGCGAUUGUCAACUCCCGAUCGUUUCAUUGGAAGCCUCCGGGGAGUAAACCGGGAUACAUGGUUCUGUGUCCAUUUAUCGAUUAUUUGAAUCACGGGCCAACAGGAACAGGAGUGAGAGUGGAGCAGACGGCGAAAGGGUUUGAGGUUUGGACGGAUAGAGAUUAUGAAGCAGGAGAGGAACUCCUCCUAACAUACGGCUCCCACCCCAACGAUAAACUCCUCACUCACUACGGAUUCAUACACAUACCAUCCCCCUCCUCGCCAUCUCAAUCAGAUGACUCCAUUACCCUCGACCACAUCCUCCUGCCACAUCUCUCCCAGAAGACAAAAUCCACCAUCCAAGAUACAGGGUACCUAGGAAACUACACUCUCGACCCCGUAACACAAAUCUACUGUUUCAGAACGCAAGUCGCCGUGAGGGCGGAGCUAUUCUCGGCGAAUGAAUGGGAGUAUUUCUGCUUGAACGGGGAGGACAUGGGUGUUGAUCGUGAGCGGGAAGUGGAGGAGUGGUUGGAGGGGAUUUUGGAAGGGUUAUGGGAGGAGGCGAGGAACGUGAAGGAGUGGCACGGGGAGGGGUAUGCGGGAAAUAUGGUGAGGGAGAGAUGGAGGUUGAUUGAAAUUGGACUGGGGAGGAAGUUGGGGAGGGAGGGGUGGUGA